GCACUCCCAUUCCUUCUCCUGUUUUCUUUUCCAUCGUUGUCCCACCGCUGUGUCUGGCUCCUCAAGAAUCAUGUCCAAGAAUCUCCACCCAACUGUGGACCCCACCCAGAUGGGGGUCGGCCGCUCCAUUGCUGUGCUGACAUCAGGAGGAGAUGCACAAGGUAUGAACGCGGCUGUGAGAGCCACAGUCAGAGUUGGUCUCUACACCGGAGCGAAAGUCUACUUUGUUCAUGAGGGCUACCAGGGACUGGUGGAUGGAGGAGACAACAUUCGCCCCGCCACAUGGGAGAGUGUGUCCAUGAUGCUCCAGCUGGGUGGCACUGUCAUCGGCAGUGCCCGCUGCAUGGAUUUCCGCAGCAGAGAGGGCCGUAUGAAGGCAGCCGGCAACCUGGUGAAGCUGGGCAUCACCAACCUGUGUGUGAUUGGAGGCGAUGGCAGUCUGACUGGUGCCAACCAGUUCAGGACAGAGUGGAGCGGUUUGCUGGCGGACUUGGUCAAAGCCGGUAAGAUUACUGAUGAAGAAGCCAGGAAAUCUUCACACCUGAACAUUGUGGGCAUGGUCGGCUCCAUCGACAAUGACUUCUGUGGCACCGACAUGACCAUUGGCACUGACUCCGCCCUUCACCGCAUCAUCGAGGUGGUGGAUGCCAUCACCACGACUGCACAGAGCCACCAGAGGACAUUCAUCCUGGAAGUGAUGGGCAGACACUGUGGGUACCUGGCCCUGGUGACAGCCCUGGCCUGUGGUGCAGACUGGGUGUUCAUUCCAGAGAUGCCUCCAGAUGACGGCUGGGAGGAGCACUUGUGCAGGAGGCUGGCAAAUCAAAGGGCCAGGGGUUCCCGUCUGAAUGUGAUCAUUGUGGCUGAGGGUGCCAUGUCCAGAGAGGGCAAGCCAAUUACAUCUGACCAGAUCAAAAAGCUGGUGACUGACAAGCUCGGCUUUGACACUCGCACCACCAUUCUCGGACACGUGCAGAGAGGCGGCACACCUUCUGCCUUCGACAGAAUCCUGGGCAGCAGAAUGGGUGUGGAGGCUGUGAUGGCGCUGCUAGAGGCCACUCCAGACACCCCCGCCUGUGUGGUCAGUCUGUCAGGAAACCAGGCAAUCAGACUGCCACUGAUGGAGUGUGUGCAAGUGACCAAGGAUGUGACUGCUGCCAUGGGUGAGGGUAGAUUUGAGGAUGCUAUCAAGCUCAGGGGAAAGAGUUUUGAGAACAACUGGAACACAUACAAGCUACUGGCCCACAUCAAUCCCCCAGAUGUUAAGAGUAACAUCAACGUGGCCAUUAUGAACAUCGGCGCUCCCUGUGCUGGUAUGAACGCUGCUGUCCGCUCAGCAGUCAGGAUGGGCCUCAUCCAGGGCCACAACAUGUUGGCUGUCCACGAUGGUUUCGACGGCCUGGCUCACGGUCAGAUUGAGCCCAUCACCUGGACUCAAGUGAGCGGCUGGACUGGAAAGGGAGGAUCGAUGUUGGGCACCAAGAGAACUCUGCCAGGUAAACUGAUGGAGGAGAUCAGCCUAAAUGUUGCCAGGCACAACAUCCAUGCCUUGGUGAUCAUCGGUGGCUUUGAGGCCUUUGUGGGAGGUCUGGAGCUGGUUCAGGCCAGAGAGAAGUACGAGGAGAUGUGCAUUCCCAUAGUCGUCAUCCCUGCCACCGUCUCCAACAAUGUGCCCGGCUCUGACUUCAGCAUUGGCGCAGACACAGCCCUCAACACCAUCACCUCUACCUGUGACCGGAUCAAGCAGUCUGCAGCAGGGACCAAGCGGCGUGUGUUCAUCAUUGAGACUAUGGGUGGAUACUGUGGCUACCUGGCCACCAUGGCAGGUUUGGCUGCCGGGGCUGACGCCGCCUACAUCUAUGAGGACAAAUUCACCAUCAGAGACCUGGAGGCGAAUGUGGAGCAUCUUGUGGAGAAGAUGAAGACAACAGUUAAGAGAGGUUUGAUCCUCAGGAAUGAGAACUGCAACGCCAACUACACCACUGACUUUAUCUUCAACCUGUAUUCAGAGGAAGGCAAAGGCAUCUUCGACUGCCGUAAGAAUGUCCUCGGACAUAUGCAACAGGGUGGCACUCCAACACCCUUCGACAGAAACUUUGGCACAAAGAUGGGUGCCAAGUCGAUCAUGUGGCUGACUGAGAAACUGAAGGAGUGCUAUAGACAUGGUCGCAUCUUUGCCAACACACCGGACUCGGCUUGUGUGCUGGGCAUGAGGAAGAGGGCGCUCACCUUCCAGCCUCUUGCUGACCUGAAAGAGGGGACUGAUUUUGAGCACCGCAUCCCCAAGACACAGUGGUGGCUGAAGAUCAGGCCCAUCAUGAAGAUCCUGGCCAAGUACAAGAUCAAACUGGACACUUCUGAACAUGCAGACAUGGAGCAUGUGAUCAAGAAGAGGAGUCCGAUUGUAAAGUCCUAG